UGUAUACACAAUCGCAACCUUUCUCUCUCUACACAUAACUCCAAAUCAAAACCUCUCUCUCUCUCUCUCUAGAAACACCAAAGACAUAGGGAAAAAAAGACCAAAGUCUCUGUCUUUCUCCUCAAUCUCUUUGUGGGUCUCUCUGGUUUCAAUCAAUGGAUGAAAAAGGUCGAAGCUUGAAGAAGAACAAGAACAUGAGUGAUCAUAAUAACGACGUCGAAGACGACAUGGAUCUCAGAAGAGGUCCAUGGACCGUCGAAGAAGAUUUCAAACUCAUCAAUUACAUUGCUACUCACGGUGAAGGCCGAUGGAAUUCUCUCGCUAGUUGCGCCGGGCUCAAACGCACCGGAAAAAGUUGCAGACUGCGGUGGUUAAAUUAUCUCCGGCCAGACGUCCGCCGUGGAAAUAUAACACUCGAAGAACAACUCCUCAUCCUCGAACUCCAUUCCCGUUGGGGCAAUAGAUGGUCCAAGAUUGCGCAGUAUUUACCGGGGAGAACGGAUAACGAGAUAAAAAACUAUUGGAGAACCCGCGUUCAGAAACACGCGAAGCAGCUGAAAUGCGACGUCAACAGCAAACAGUUCAAAGACACCAUGCGAUAUUUGUGGAUGCCUCGCCUCGUCGAGAGGAUCCAAGCCGCCGCCCUAUCCUCCACCGCCUCCGCCUCCGCCGCCGGAGAAGCGCCGUCGUGCAUAACCCAAUCAGCCGACCAGCUCGUCAUGUCCGACAACGUUAACAACAAGAACAUGGGCAUGCAGUUUUGUGGCGUUUCGGAUCAUCAUCAUAACGCCGGUCACAAUACGUCGGAAAGUUCCAGCGUGGCAGUGUCUCCGGCGUCGGACUUGUCGGAGUACUACAGUGUUCCGGAUCCCAGCCUUAACCCUAACCCGGAAACAUGGUAUCCGGGUGGUGAUAUCGGCAUGGGGAUCAAUAGCCACUAUUCGGUCGGUCCAACGAUGACGUUACCGGCGGGUAAUUUCAAUUACAAUUACGAUAAUGGGUUAUUAGACGAAGAUUUUCAAGGAGCACAGGAGCAGCAGAGUAACAUUUGGUUCGAAAACGGAGGUUCUUUGGACAGUCUGUGGAACAUCAAUGGCGAUGAAGACUUCUGGUUCUUGAAGCAACAUCAUCUCAACAGUGGCAGCUUCUGAUACGGCAAAGGAGGAAAUAAAAUCAUAUAUAUAUAUAUAUAUAUACACAAAUGAAUUAUUAAAACUAAGUAUAUGUGUGAACGGAAUUUGUUGCAUAGGAACCCAAAAAGGAAAAGGAAAAAGCUUCUACUUGGAGAAGAGGGAUAUAGAAAAAAAGGGUCAUGAUAUAGACAGAAUAUAUUUAUAUAUAUAUAUAGCCUUUUUUUUACAAUACAUAAAAUAUGUUUAUAUUAGCAGUAUAAUCAUGUCGUGUUAUUUUGUGUUAAUUUAAUUGAUUUUCUGUUCCUUUUGGGA